AUGAAGUUCUCCCAGGCACUCGUCGCCUCCUGGGCCACCCUCGCCCUUUCUGCCCCGGCGAUGCACGCGCCGGGCAGUGGCGCUCCCGGCGCCGGAGGCUUGAACGUUCCCCCCGUUCCGGAGGUCGACAACAAUAUUGACCAGGCUGCCAAGGGGCCUACGUCGUCGCCGCCGCCGCCGCCGUCGUCCGGUACCAAGGGAGAAGACGGGGAGCCGGGCGUGGUCGAUGAAGACACUUGUGAGAUCCUGGCCGAGGAUGGCCAGGACGGCGACGAGAAGAACAAGAAGGAGCAGGAUGGCUCCGGCAAGGGGGAAGACGGCCAGCCCGGUUCCGGAGAGGAGUCUAAGCCGCAGGUCCCCGGUGCGCCGACCAGCACCAUCUCUGCUUCCACGCCCGCUCCCACGCAGUCUGGCUCCCCCACCGACAGCCAGGGAGAGGAUGAGUGCCUUCCUGAGGAGCCCGCCGAUGGUGGCGAGGAGCCCAGCGGCCCUGCCCCUGGCGAGGAGUCUUCUGAGGGAGGCGAAGGAGGUGAUGCGGACGAGUGCGAGGCCGAGGACGAGGCCGAGGACGGCGGCAAGACGGACGAUGCCGGAGAUGACGAUGAGUGCGAGGGCGACGACGGCAUGCCGGGCACUGAAAACAAGCCCACUGGUCCCAACGGUAGCCAGACCCCCGGCCAGGACGGAUCCAAGGUUCCAGGUAAGAUGCCCACUGACGGCUCGGAUGGCGACAGCUCUUCGCCUCGCCCCGGGCCUUACCCUUCCACGGGCUCCGACGGAAGCGACGCUUCUCCCCCCACGAGGGGCCAAGAUGCCGACAACGAAGGGGUCCCUACCCCGGGCAAGCCAGGCCAGGGAGGCGAUCGCCCCAAUGGGCCCUCCCGCCCGGCCAAGCCUACCAGUGGAGAUGCCCGUCCCCAGGGCCCUUUCUCUCCGGCUAAGCCUGGCAACAAGGGCGACCGCCCCUCUCCCGCGAAGCCUGGUUCCUCUUCCCCCGAUGAUGAGGAGCCCUCUCAGGGCGGCGAGCCUGUGACCUCUCAUGACGACGACAACUCGCCGACCCCUGGUGGCUCUGGCAAGUACCCUGACAACACCCGCCCGACUCGGCCCUCAAAGGUCCCCGGCAAGGGCGGCAAGUCCAAGACUCCCAGCGGAAAGGUCCAUAGCGGUGACUCUUCCUACCGCAAGACGUCCACUUCGAGCGAGUCCAGCCGCAAGACCAACGUCAACAUCGAAAACGAAACCGAAACGGCUUGCGAGCAGGGUCAAUGCGGCGGCAGCUCUUCCCCGCCCCAAGACUCCUCCAGCACCCCAGGCAACGGCCCGUCCUCGCCCAAGGCGCCAGGUCGUGGCAAGACUCCCAUCGGCUCGUACCCUGACAAGGACGGUUCUCCGGGCUCGUCCACCCCCAAGGUGCCGGGCACCAAGGGAAAGGGCCCGGUCGGUGACGACUCCUCCUCCUCCCCUUCGACGCCUGGAAGCACGCCCUCCGGCCCUUCCGACACUGAGAUCCCCGGCGGCAAUGUUCCCAGCAAGCAGCCUCCCUCUGGCAUGCCUGGCCCCAAUGUUCCCGGCAAGAAGACUCCCUCCGGCACGCCCAGCAGCACCGGGAGCGAGACCACGACGCCCUCUGCCGACGGCGAGGACGGCGACGAGUGCGUCGAUGACAAGGAGGAGGAGCCCAGCGCCGAGGAUGACGAGUGCCUCCCUGAGGAGGAGGACAAGACCGAGGAGGACAAGGCCGAGGAGGACGAGUGCGUCGUAGACGAGACCGACUCCGCCACCCCUACCACCGGCGCCGAGUCCACCACCACUCCCACCGCGACGGCCAGCCCGGACAGUGACAAGCCGAGCACCGAGUCUGCAGACGAUGAGUGCCCCCCCGACUCGGACAACGAGGUCGACUCUGUCCUCUCGUCGAAGAGCGCCUAG